AUGCAAAAUCAGUGGUGUAAAAAUAUGAGCCAAUUGAGUAUCGAAACUGGAGAUUCUUUUGCUACUUUACUUGAACUUGCUGCGAAUAAUGACAUCCAGGGGUUCUCCCGAUCAAUUGAAUCCGACCCAUCUGGGAUUGACGAGGUCGGAUUAUGGUAUGGCCGACAAAAGGGGUCAAAACAAAUGGUUCUUGAACACAGAACUCCAUUAAUGGUGGCAGCCAUGUACGGAAGCAUAGACGUUCUCAAGUUAAUUCUUUCCCAAUCAAAAGUCGAUGUGAAUCGAUUGUGUGGAGUUGACAAGACAACCGCCCUUCACUGUGCUGCGUCAGGUGGAUCAAUAAAUGCUGUCGACGUUAUAAAACUGCUUUUAUUAAGUGGGGCCGACCCGAAUCUAAUCGAUGUCAACGGGCUUCGACCCGUGGAUAUGAUCGUUGUCUCUCCAAAGCUCCCGGAGAUGAAAAAAACCCUCGAAGAUCUUCUCGGAUCCGACUGUGACCCGCCCAUUUUAGACCCAUUGUCGCCGGAAAACCACUCACCGGAGAACCACUCUCCGGUGUCAGAAACCGACCUUCUUUGUUCACCUAAAAUUUCAACAUUUGACUCCAAGAGAGAAUACCCGGUUGACCCAUCAUUACCCGAUAUCAAAAACAGCAUUUAUUCAACCGAUGAAUUCCGAAUGUAUUCCUUUAAAGUCCGACCAUGCUCCCGGGCCUACUCCCAUGAUUGGACGGAAUGCCCGUUUGUCCACCCUGGCGAAAACGCGCGGAGGCGGGACCCACGGAAGUACCAUUACAGCUGUGUCCCGUGUCCGAAUUUCCGGAAAGGGACAUGUCGCCGUGGCGACAUGUGCGAAUAUGCGCACGGCGUAUUCGAAUGUUGGUUACACCCGGCGCAGUACCGGACCCGUCUGUGUAAAGACGGGACCGGCUGUAACCGCCGGGUGUGUUUCUUUGCUCACACACAAGAUGAGCUUCGCCCGUUGUUUGUUUCAACGGGGUCCGCGGUCCCGUCUCCGCGAUCUUCCUCAUCCGCGUUGGAUUUUGCAGCAGCCAUGAGUUUGAUGCCGGGGGCACUUUCGUCUUUUACACCGCCGAUGUCGCCGUCGGGAAACGGAAUGUCGAAUAUGAACUGGCAGCAACCGAAUGUCCCGUCUUUGCAUUUACCGGGGAGUAAUCUUCAGUCGAGUAGAUUAAGAUCGUCUCUUAAUGCGCGAGAUAUGUCUGAUCAAGAUUUGAAUCUUCAGCUUCUGAAUGAGUUAUCCAGACAACAAAGAGCUGUUCAUAAUCAGACGAUUUUAACCCCGACAAAGUUGGAUGAUAUUUUUGCAGCUGAAAGCUCGUCUCCUCGGUUUUCAGAUCAAUCGGUUUUCUCACCGAGGCAUAAUUCAUCGGUUUUUAAUCAGUUUCAGCAACAACAAAGCUUGUUAUCACCGAUUAAUACAAAUUUUUCGCCAAAGAAUACGUCUUUUGGGGUUCAAAAUUCACCCGGGAGGAUGUCGCCAAGAAGUGUUGACCCGAUUUCGCCCAUGAGUUCUAGGGUUUCAAUGUUGGCACGUGAGAAUCAACAACAGUUUAGGAGUUUGAGUUCACGGGAACUUGGAUCUAGAUCUGGUUCUAUUGUGGGUGGUGGUUCGGUUGACCCGUGGUCAAAAUGGGGUUCGUCUGAAAAACCCGAUUGGGGGGUUAAUGAGAAUGAAUUUGGUAAGCUUCGAAGAUCGUCAUCUUUUGAAAAUGGUGGGAAUAAUGGGGAGGAGCCUGAUCUGUCAUGGGUUCAAUCACUUGUGAAGGAAACGCCUCAAGAGAUGAAGGAAAAGCUGGCGGCGGCGUAUGGCGGCCCAGGUGGUGGGGGUGGCGGUAGUAGUAGCGGCGGUGGUGGUGGGAAUUCGAAUGCGCAGAUUGAGCAAAUGGAUCAAUCUGCAUUGAGUGCGUGGAUUGAGCAAAUGCAGCUCGAUCAACUUGUGGCUCAACAGAAUUGA